AAGAGUGGAAUGAUGAAGGAGAAGAUGGAGGCUUUGAGCAGAGAGAUAGCAGCUCUUUCAGACAUAGUCAGAGCCACAGAGGAGGAGCUGAAAACUGAAGACGUCUCACUCCUGCGCAACUACAAGGCUGCAGAGGAAAGAGUCCAGCGCUGCCCCCUGCUGGAUGAUCCACAGCUGCCCCCAGGAGCUCUGAUAGACCAGGCCAAACACCUGGGCAACCUGACCUUCAACAUCUGGAACAACAUGAAGGACAUGGUCUCCUACACUCCUCUCAUUCUAGACCCAAACACUGCUCAUCCAGACCUCAUCCUGUCUGAAGAUCUGACCAGCGUAAGACAAGGAAAAGAGAGGCAGCAGCUUCCUGAUAUUCCAGAGAGGUUUGAUCGUUCCUGCUCUGUCCUGGGCUCUGAGGGCUUUAACUCAGGAACUCACAGCUGGGAUGUUGAGGUUAGAGACAGUACAUGGUGGGACCUGGGUGUGUUAUCAAAGUCUGUAAAGAGGAAGAGAGACACAGAGUCUGGAUUAUGGAGAAUACGGUUCUUUUUAGGUGUCAGUGUCACUGGAGCAGAUGAGCUGAAGAUGAUUUUCUUUCUUUCGUUCUUUCUUUCAUUCGCUCUUUCUUUCUUUUCGUCCUGUCUGGCCAACAAGAAUGUGCCUAACAUUUACUUUCCCAAGUGCACCUUUUGCUAUACUGGUCCACUUGAUUGUCAUAGUUUAUUUGAUCUGAAUUAGUUAUUUUUAUUCUAAAUUAUUGUAGGCAGACUGGACUGGACUCGGGGACUGGAAAGAAAAACAAUAAGAAAAGUUAGGAAGAAAGUUAAGAGAAGGAGAGGGAAAGGAAAAUAGGAGAAAGGGGAUGGAGAGAAAGGACGAUGAAAAUCUGCUUCACCGCCUGCUCAAGGAAAGAAAAACAAAAACAGCAAGCAAAAAGAAAAACAAUGCUGUAGCAAAAUUACAGCAACAUCCAACAUAUGCGCAGGUAACAGUAAAUAAUAAAUGCUGAAUCUUAUUACACAGUACACAAGAUGAAUAACACUGCUUUUCCCCUCCGAGUGCAGCUAUAUAGUCUGAAUGUUAUAGUACUGAAAUGCUGGUUAAUACUCUUUAACUCCAUAAUUUUAUUUUUUUUUCAUAGACAAAUAAGAAGGUGACCUCAUUAACCUCAUUGACCUCUAUAAUGACGUAAUACCUGUUGCAUGGAGAUGGGGAGGUUUGUUAUCUCUCCGUAGCCUUCUGUCUGUUCUCAUUCAAUGAUUCAGUUAUGCCAGCAGUACUUAUUGAACUACAUCUGCCUUUUUGUGUUUGUUUGUUUACAUACUUGGACUGCUCUGAAACACUCCAACAAUUACAUUUGAACUUGGUGGCUGAUACACAGUUUCAAAACUUAACAGUUAGAUAAGGGGUUUCUGUCAUGGGCCUGGGUCAUGCGACCCAGUGUUUCUGAGUUUGAUGUUAUUUUGGUGUUGUUUUUUCCUGUAUUCCAGUCUCUUUUCAGUUAUCUAGUUAAAAGCGGUAAUGCCUAGUUUGCAGUUUAAUUGAUGGUUUUUCUGGUUCUCCUUGUGUCAUGUCUACGUUUCCAUGUUUCCUGUUUUACUUUGAAAGGGUCCAGUGUUCUUUGUUCAUUGUUUUUAGUUCCUCGCUUUUUGUUAACACUUGCAACCUCUCUCUCUGUGACUGUCUUAUAACAAACACACCGGUGCACCCUGCUGUGACAGCUUCACCUUACUAUCUUAUGGUCACCGGAGCAGUGGUUAGAUUGCUUCAACACCUAGGUUGUCGCUAUCAUAGUCAGGAGUAACACUUAAAAUAUGUUACGUGAAGAGUUAGCUGCUUGUUCUUGUUCAUUUUCAGGGGAGGGUAAGGGUCACUGCUACGAACCUCAUGUCAGGGCCUCUGAUAUUGUCUGUCUCUUCUCACGUUGGAGGGGCCAGUGUUUUCACUCACUUUUCCAAGCUAUGGCACGUGGGGUCCCUAUAUUGGUCAGGCAAAACAUUCCCUUUGAGGCCCACAAUGUCUUAGCAGACAAAUAUGGUAGAUAUGUCAUACUCAGUGGUAAACUGUAUAACCGUCUCAUUGCCCUAGUAAAUGUGUAUGCUCCUAAUACAGAUGACGAGAAUUUCUUUAAACAACUAUUCUCCUCUUUACCCGAAUUAAAUAUCUGCUCUUUUUCUGGGGGGUGAUUUUAACUGCUGGUUAGACCCAGCCCAGGAUCGCUCUUCCACUAAGAGUAAAGCAAAUCUGCAUCUGUCAUUCAUGCCUUUCUAUCAGAAUAUGGAAUGUGUGAUGUUUGGUGUACCCUAAAUCAUCAUAAACACACAUAUGCACCAUACAUAGAAUUGAUUACUUUAUCAUUGUCAUUAAUUGUCUACAGCAGGUCGACUCCUGUGCCUACCAUAGUGUAGUUAUUUCAGAUCACGCCCCUCUUACUCUGUCUCUUCCACAUCCUCCUGUUAAAGCUGCACAGUGGCGUUUCAAUUCAACCCUUCUGUCAGAUAAAAAUUUUGUAAAGUUUAUCCAGGAUGAGAUACGCUUUUACUUUGCCACCAACUCUUCCCCAGAGACUUCCAGCCUUGUCGCAUAAUAUAAAGUCUUAAAACAAGACUUGAUCUACUCACAACCUACUCAACUGAACGUUCACUCUUACAUGGCAAAUCAAACUUUUAUAUGCAUGGUGACAAACCUGAUAAAUUACUGGUGAGCCUUCUAAAAGGUUUUAGGCCAAGGCUAAGUAUUGUUAAAAUUCAACAACAAGGGAUUUUUACUCACAGCUUUACACCUCAGAGUCCCAAACUGCAAUGCAACUAAUAAGUUCUUAGCUAAACUUGACAUUACUGAAAUUCCACCAGAACUUAAAACAAGGCAGGACGAACCCAUCUCUCAGAUGUUUCCUUAGCUAUAGCUUCAUUGCAAUCUGCCAAGUGUCCAGGUCCAGUUGGCUUUCCGUCAGAAUUUUUCAAACACUUCUCUUCAUUAUUGUUCACGCAGCUUAGUGCAACCCUCACGGACUGCAUCAGACAAGGAUCUCUUCCUCAGUCAUUUUAUGAAGCCUGUAUUACACUUUACAAAGAGGAAGAGAGCCGUUGAAAUGUGCCUCUUAUAGACACAUAUCCCUAUUGAACACAGACGUUAAAAUAUUAGCCAAGAUACAGUGGCUUGCAAAAGUAUUCGGCCCUCUUGAACUUUUUCACUUUUUAUUACAUUACAGCCACAAACAU